ACUUUGUCUCUACUAUAUAUUACUGUGUAUUUACUGAAAUUCACUCCUCAGUUCGUUGAUAAUAUGCGACAUUAAUCCUAAUGAGGAAAUUCAAGAUGACAUUGCAAAGAAAAUUUGAACCUCUCGAAAAACGAUGAUUUAUGAAAUCACAAGCUCGUACGAAUAAUAAAUAAAAGUGACAGAUUUUGACUGAAAAUUAAACAUCGAAAAUGGAGGCUCCAGGACUGGGUUAUUCCUAUCACUUACCCUCUGGGGGAUGGAACUUGAAAGUCAGGAAUGUCCUGACCCAGUUCAGCGACUUGUUCAGCGAAUUCAACAAGUACAUUGCCCCAGCAUAUCACCAUGACAGAUGUGAAAGAUCAGUGCCAAUGCGACUUUAUUCUAUGCACAAACGCGAGUUCGUUAUGGUGUUUGUUGCGUUUUUCGCUUGCUUCGGGCUAGCUGUAUUCAUUGGACUUGCUGGACCUCCAAUUACUGCAACUACUGAGCACAGAGUCCGAUUAAAUGGCAGUGAUAUGGCCACUGGACCAUUUAUCAUGAAAACUCCAGCUCUGUCGACAUACAGCCAGCAAUUGUGGGUAAUUGCCAAAUUCUCAACAGCAAAUAAUGACGACGAAAGAUACGACAAAACUUUUCAAGUUAGUGUUUCGAUCGAUGGAAUUAGUCCUGAGGAUCAUCUCAUAUCGAUUUUAUCAUCAGGAUCUGGUCACAACAGUCGUGCGAUUUUCAGGACGAGACAUUUGAGAUGUGAACGUCAAUCUUGCGAAGAACUCGUUGUCGCUCACUUGGGCUCUUUAGAUUACACUCAUUACAUGAUUACUGUUCGUUUUUACGGACUCGAGGGCUUCCAUCAACGUUACACUAUCCGAGACCUCAUGUUCUACUUUAAAAACUACAAUCCUGCCUUUACUCAAAUUGAAAUCUGGUUCAGGCUAAUUUUUCUACUGGCCGCUUUUAUUAUGACGUGCUGGUUCGGCCAUUCCUUGAGGAAAUAUCCUGUGACAGACUGGUCCAUUGAGCAAAAAUGGAUUUCCAUAUUACUUCCGUUAUUAAUACUCUACAACAAUCCAUUAUUUCCAAUGAUUUUCUUACUCAACUCCUGGGUACCCGGAAUGCUGGAUGCCAUAAUGCAGACCACAUUUCUCUGUGCCAUCCUCAUGUUCUGGUUGUGCGUUUAUCAUGGACUUCGCCAGAAUGAACGAAAAAUUGCCACAUUUUAUCUCCCGAAAUUUUUGGUGAUUGGAUGUCUCUGGGUGGCAGCUCUCAUCCUCGCUACUUGGCUCCGGUGCACAGAACUCGAAGAUCCGACGUAUAAUUAUGUUCUGGAUACAUCUAAUUACUAUGGAUUGAAGGUGUUUUUCUUCACUGUCGGUGGAAUAUACAUCGCAUACCUCGCACUUUUAAUGCUCCGCGCGUACAGUGAAUUGCGUUCCAUGCCCUAUUUUGAUCUUCGAUUACGAUUUUUGACACUUCUGGCGGUAAUUGUAGCUGGAGUUUGUGCUCUCGUUACAGCCAGACAAUUUGGUGCUGGAGUUCUUGAAGACAGCUUUGCAUCACGAUUGUCUACGUAUUACAGGACAUCAGCACAAUUUAUGGCACUCUAUGGACUUUUGAAUUUUUAUCUUUACACCAUGGCCUACGUGUAUUCGCCAGGAAUUCAACAGGUUUAUGGACAACAUUCAUCGAUAACUAAAGAUAAUCCUGCAUUUUCUAUGAUCAACGAUUCAGACGAGGAAGUAAUUUAUGGGUCUGAUGAGGACAGCAGGAGACCACUUACACGAGCUCCACGAAAUGCUGAUGAUAGUGAUUAAUUACUACUGAAAAUCAAC